CACGUGAGGGGACGAUGACAAGGCUCUGAGUCAUCAGUGUGCGUGCACGUUUGUGUGUGAUAGUGCAUGUGUGUGGUAUGAAUGAAUCAGGGACACUCUUCCUCCAUCCUCCUCCACUUAUGUCGUGACGUCCGUUUAGGAGGAAACACCACCAGGCGUCCAGAGAUAUUCUGAGAGACACUACUCACUGUAGGAGUGCGUGCACGUGUGUGAGUGCAAGUGUAUGACUCAUAGGGAAUACCUCUGUGGAUGGACGGAGGGAGGGAUUAAACAGGCUGUGAGGUAUAAUUGCAGAAAGAGAGCAGGAAGGGAAAGCAGAGUGACCCUGCAGAACAUUCGCUCAGCUUCCAACAGAGGACGGGCAUAUUGGAUCCAGGACCAGAACCAGAGGACCUUUAUACCAAGUCCGGGACUAUAACCAGCAAAGGGGGAAACAAAGGAACCUAUAAUCCACAACGGCAGACUUUUUCCAAGGAUCAAAACACCAAGAACCAGUUCAGAAUAGUUUUGCUGUUCCUUUUCCUCUUCUCACUUGUGUCAACUGGAGGACAGACUCCAUUGUCACUCUGCUGUGAAUCUGCUGCUGGACUCUGUGUUGAUGACGGGAGUAGUGAAAGUUUGAUCUGAAGGACUGCAGUCGGGCUUCUUCUCAGAUCAUCAUGUUCUCCCAGUAUCUAACAUUCUUCAUAUCAACAAUUUUGGUUGUUGAUGCCUCUCCAACUGCCUCCUCCCCACUGGUUGUGGCGACGCAGCUUCAGGUGGAAGCGCCGCUUGCUGACUGCCCCUCCUGUUCUCUGUCUCAGAUGAGAAAGAACUCCUCUUCAGGUCAAGGUGAGAUGGUGGAAGCAGUGAAGCGUCACAUUCUCAACAUGCUGCACCUGAGCGCCAGGCCCAACCUGACGCAUCCCGUCCCCCGCGCCGCGCUACUCAACGCCAUCAAGAAGCUGCAUUUUGGUCGAGUGGCACCAGAUGGCAGUGUGGAGAUUGAAGGGGAAAACCAUCGCCCUGAAGGCUUCACACCAUCUGAACCACCAUCUGAAAUCAUCUCCUUUGGCGAAGAAGGAGACGCUCCAAACACGGUGACCUUUGACAUCCAGAAGGAGGACGAAGGCCCAUCUGUAGUGGAGCAGGCAAACAUAUGGAUCUUUCUGAAAAUGUUCAAGAUAAACCGGCUGAAAGGCAGAGUGAUGCUGCGGCUGCUGAGGUCCAGCCACAAUGGCGAGCUUGAAAGCGACAUGGAGUGCGUUUCAGAGAGGGUGGUGGACACACGGCGCAGCGGGUGGCACACGCUAACCGUGACACGCACCGUUCAGAUGCUGCUGGACGGUGGAAGCAGCUCGCUCCGCCUGCAGGUUUCCUGUCCGCUCUGUGCUGAGGUGGGAGCUUCUCCCAUCCUCUCACCUCCAAAUAACGGUAAAGUGACAGGAAGAGACCAGUCUCACCGACCGUUCCUCAUGGUGGUGCUCCAAGCCCGAGAGGAGGCGAAUCCAAGGAGGGUCAAGCGAGCCCUGGAGUGUGAUGGAAAAAUCCGUUUGUGCUGCAAAGGACAGUUUUACGUUAACUUUAAAGACAUUGGCUGGAGUGAUUGGAUUAUCGCCCCAUCAGGCUACCACGCCAACUACUGUGAGGGGGACUGUCCAAACCACAUGACGAAUUUGGGCAGCUCCUCUCUAUCUUUCCAUUCAACGGUCAUCAACCAUUACCGCAUGAGGGGAUACGGCCCUUUUCAAAACAUUAAGUCGUGCUGCGUGCCGACAAAGCUGCGAGCGAUGUCCAUGCUGUACUACAACGAGGAGCAGAAGAUCAUCAAGAAGGACAUCCAGAACAUGAUCGUGGAGGAGUGCGGCUGUUCAUGAAAGCCGGGUUCCCCCAGGCAAUAAACAGCAGCCCUUAAAAAGACAAAUCCUUUAUGAUUGUUCAGGUCUUCACUAUAGGAGGCGCUCUCCCAUGACAAACGAACUGAGAACACUAUGCAAAUGAACUUGCUGUAAACCUUUCCCUGUUUCCAUUUGUGGGUGUGGCUUCUGGCCUUGUGGGAAAAAGGUUCCAUCAGUGACAGCCUCUGUUGGGUUGUUUGUUUUCAUGUACAACCAUCUGUACCUGUUGAAACAUUUCAAAGACUAUCCAUCAUAGACCUGCUGGAGUCAAACCUUUUGACUGCAACAUGUAAACUAAAAUAAAAAUAGGAAAAACACUGUUUACUGUUGAAUUAAAGACAUGUUUCCAGAAAGUUUUCUCGUAGGUCAAACGUUUGACAAAAGUAACUUAAGGUAAAAAAACCAAAGAUGACACAAAUUGCCAAGAUGGAUGGUUAACGAUUUUUGAACUAUUGUGUCAACGUGUUCUACUUCAGGACUAAAAGCUGUGAGACUGACAGGUUUGUGGGAACUGUGUAGAAAAGUUUGUAUGGGGGAGAGGGGUGUCAUAAAUAAUAAAACAUGAAACAAACUCA